AUGGCUAUGGCGCGAUUUGGGACUCAGCUCAUAGCAGUACCGCCAGCUCAUACAAGUAGGACAAAAGCGUAUCGUGCACCGAACCAGGCCGAGCUUGAGGCCCUCUACCGCAACUCGCGACUCUCGUUGCCCUGGGUCCUGCGGCUUCCUUUAGCUACGACGCUUUCGUUUUUUGCCGGUUUCACCCUCGGCGCAUCCUUUGGAGGCAAGAUGACCGGUCUUCGCUUCCGCGCCGAACACGCACACAAGAUGCCGAGUAGCUCGACUGGAUGGUAUUUGUACCACAAGAGCAAGAACUACCAGGUGGCUUACGGUGGGCUUCGGGAAGGGUUCCGCAUGGGGUUUAAGGUGUCGUUUUGGACAACGGCCAUGUUCGCGAUCGAGCGCAUGUUUGAUGUCUACCGCGGAACUUCCGAUAUGUUCAACACGUUAACCUCCUGUGUCACGGUGGCUGGGGGGUUCAGUCUAUGGACUCCACUGGCCGUGCUCCCACUCACCAGCAUCCUACGGUCAUUCAUGACAAUGACCGUCUCAUCCUCACCGAUCUUGCUCCCGCCUUCACUGGCGGCGAUGUCCAUCCUGGCCAACGCAACCAGUCCGGCCCUCAACCCGGACAAGAACCCCCUUCUCCGCUUCUUCCUGAAAACCACAUUUUACGCCCAAUUCUGCGCUGGCGAAUACGCGCCCGAGGUGCGGAGGACAAUUGAGUCGCUCAAAAGCAUCGGAUUCGGUGGUGUGAUUCUAGGGUACGCUAAGGAAGUGGUGCUCACGGAAGAGCAGAUGAAAGAUCUGGCGUCUUGCAACGAUGGCGCGGCCGCGGAGGAAUGCUUGCGGACGGAGAUUACUCCCUGGACCAACGGCACAAUGGAAACGGUCCUCCUCGCCUCGCCGGGAGAUUUUGUCGCCCUCAAGUUUACAGGGGCCGGCCGCCAGGCGCUACACGCACUCUCCCAGUCACUACCCCCCUCGCAGGCCUUGUCGUCCGCUAUUGACAGCAUCUGCCAACUUGCCGCGUCUCGCGGAGUAAGGCUUUUAUUCGACGCUGAGCAACAGGCGCUGCAGCCGGGAAUCGACCAGUGGUCUCUAGAUUUUAUGCGUAAAUACAACACGGCUGAGAGCGCCGUCGUGUAUGGAACGUAUCAGGCAUACCUCAAGUCGACACCUGCUACCCUAAGUCGCCAUCUCGCUGCCGCACGCGACGGCGGCUUUGCUUUGGGCGUGAAACUCGUUAGGGGCGCCUACCUUGGUUCUGACCCCCGACAUCUCAUUCACGACACUAAGGCCGACACAGAUGCAGCCUACGACGGCAUCGUUCAGGCACUCAUCGAGAAACAGUGGGUCGGCCCUUUGAUCCGACCACCCACCUCGGCUCCGGUCCAGGGCCGGAACCAAAAUGAACAGACGGCGGCCGAAUUUCCAGAGUUUGCCUUGGUCGUGGCCACCCACAACCGCGAGUCCGUCGUCAAAGCACGAGAGCUUCUUUCUAAGACCAACACAACCUCGGAUGUGGCGUUUGCUCAACUCCAGGGCAUGGCCGACGAAGUGAGCUGCGAACUAGUCAGCGCAAAUACCCCCGCUACUAUCGCCGGAUCGUCAGCCACCAUGGAGAAGCCACGCGCGUAUAAGUACCUUGUAUGGGGUUCGACGGGCGAGUGCAUGAAGUACCUGCUGCGGCGAGCCCACGAGAAUCGGGAUGCGGUGCAACGAACUCGGUCAGGGAGGGACGCGAUGCGCACGGAGUUGUUGAGGAGAUUCAAGAGUGUGCUGAAGGCUUCGACGUGA